UUCAACCAAUCCCGCUAACGCCGACCUUUUUCAUUUCGAAAAAUAUCCCACCAUGGUGCAACUGGGCCCACUUCCGGGCGGAGCCAUGGUCAGCGCACUGACAGCGGUUCUCUUCAAAUACGGCUGGACGAAAAAUCUGGGCUUCUGGUGCCCCAGUAACGGGAUGAGUUGGCCGUUUCUCUUCUGCAAUCUCUUCAUGCAGUUUGGAUUCUACAACCAGAUCGAUGUCCAACAAGUCUACAAACCUGAUUCGGAAAUGAAAGAGUUCAAUACGGAUGUGUAUCGGAAGGUACUGCAGGAUUUGCGUAAUCACACUCGCAUUAUCAUUGUAUAUUUAAAUCCUCCACUGCUGCGUGAUUUUAUGAUUACCGCCCACGAUAUGAAUAUGACCAAUGGAGAUUUUGUGUUCUUGACGUUGGCGCUGCAACCAACACCGGAUAGCCCGUACAUGUUUGAAUGGAAAACCGGGGAUGCCUCUGAUGCGAAAGCAGCCCAAGCCUAUCAGUCGUUAAUCGCUUCGGCGGACACAUUAUUUGACUGGGACGAAAUGGAGACGUUUAUCAACAAAACUGCAAUUCGAUCCGCGGAAGUCUACAAUGCAACAAUUCCGCCUAGCCAUCGGAAAAACGAAGCGACCGCACUGGUUUUCGAUCUGCUCUUCAGCUUUGCCGAGUGUGUGAAUCGAUCCUUAUCCGAGCCACAUGGGAAAAUUACCGCUCGCCAGGUCACGCAAGCCCUGCGGCAUCAAAUGUAUUCCCGACAAUCCAGUUCGACGUUGGUCAGCAGUACCGGAACCGCCAAUUUCCUGCUUCCGCUUCUGAAGUUGAAUCCCAAAACCGGGAAAUUCGAAACCGCGGCCACUUUCGAAACAGAGACUAAAACCUUCACAAUCAUGAACCCCGAUCUAUGGAAAUGGCAUAAUUUUACUGAUUUCCCCUCCAAUCACCCCACUUGCGGUUUUACUGGAACUGAUUGUCCCAACAUGCUGGGUGAACUCCAGAUUUAUGUACCAUUGGCCGGUGUUUUAGUGUGCGUUCUGACCAUCACUGCUGCAAUACUUCAAGUGCAAAAAAAAAAGCAUCAGAAACAGGAACUACAAGACAUGUUAUUAGAUCACACGGGUACCGCAUUGUCUCCCAUGACUAGCACCAUUUCGGAGCAGAAAUCCUUUGCCGCCAUUUUGACUUACACUGGACCGGGACUUAAUCUGGAAAACCAAAUGGUCAUGAUAACGCCCUUGCCGGAGAAACUGCCUAUAAAGUCACUGCUCAGUAAUCGACCAUUCCAAAGAACCGCACUGACGAUUCGUCACCUUAACCACGUCAAUGUGGGGAAAUUCUAUGGAGUGAUUAUCGACAAUCCUGUCGCAUCCCUAGGCCUGUGCGCGGAGUUCAGUCAGCGCGGAAGUUUAUUGGAUGCCAUCGGUUACGAGAAUAUCUCUACCGAUCUUGCCAUCCGCAUGUCUUUCUUAUACGACCUCAUUAAAGGUCUUUUGUUUAUACACAGCUCACCGUUGGAAUUCCACGGAAAUCUAUCCAUAACCGGAUGUUUUAUUGACAGCCGGUUUACGUUAAAAGUUUCCCAAGCCGGCUACAGUACCCUAUUCAAUGCCGUCAUGCCGAAUAAGAGUAAUGAUCGGAAAGGUCACAUGCCGGUUACCAUCCAUCGUGCCAAUGAUAUGCUCCAGUUUGGAACAAUCUGUACAACCGUACUAAAAUUGCUCACGAUAAAAGAUGGGAUGGGAAACAGCAAAAACAACCUGGUCACGGAUAUACAGAAUUGUUUGCGUCCGGAACCCAAUCUGCGUCCGUCGGCGUUUCGCAUGCGGAAAACCUUCCAGGCCAUGCGCACUGUGCCGGAUAAUGUGGUAUCGCACAUGCUGAAGCUGUUGGAUCGACAGACAUACCAGUUAGAAGAAGCCGUGCAACAGAAGACCGAAAGUCUUCUGGACGAGAUGCAUAAAACGGAUACACUGCUGGCGGAAAUGCUUCCCAGGUCAAUAAUAGUACAACUGCGGAAUAAAGAGUCCAUCCCAGCCGAAUCGUUCGAUAGCGUAACGCUGCUUUUCAGCGACAUCCCGGCGUUUGUGGAGAUUCUGGCGCGGAAUACGCCCAUGGAUAUCGUUAAUCUUUUAAAUGCGACACAUUCGGCUUUUGAUGAGAUUGUGCCUUUUUAUGAUGCAUAUAAAGUUGAGACUAUCAACGACUCUUAUAUGAUUGCCAGCGGAGUACCGAUACGUAACGGUGGCAGACAUGCUUCUGAACUGUGCUCACUUGCUAAAGCGUUGCUCAAAGCCUCGAACACACUAAGUGCCGGUGUUUCUCAAACAGUUUUUGCCUUUCGAAUUGGAAUCAAUUCCGGACCGGUGGUUGCUGGAGUGAUUGGAACGAAAGCUCCCCGUUAUUGCUUAUUCGGAGAUACGGUAAAUACGGCCAGUAGGAUGGAGUCAUCGGGAGAAGCUGGAAAAAUCCACAUUAGUGCAUCGACCGAAGAGCUGGCACGGAAAACUCCCGGUUUUCGAUUCGCACCUCGCGGUGAAAUCGAUAUCAAAGGAAAAGGCAAAAUGCACACAUUUUGGCUUAUGUGAUGGUCUGAGUGAUUUCGUGCCUACCGAUAAAUUUGCCAGGAUUCAGUAAAAUGCAUAACGCUCACGCAUUACGAGUAUACUGGUCGAUGGUCUUUCAAUAAUAUUAAUACACAAUUGGCAGUUGAUACGAAUACCUAACUGAAAAACAAGAUUCGAUUCUCCGAACGCGUCUACCAUCCACACUGGAAAAGGUCACGUACUGGACUGCCGUUUGACCGCCAUUUAUUAAAAGUUCACUAGUAUUAAAGUAUUAAGAAACAUUUGCUGCAAUGAUAGACGUAUUAAAUUCUUAUUGAUGAGACUGAUGCCAAUCAAAAAUGAGCAGCUGUUGUGUUGAUAGUUAGCGCGCUGACGGUGGUG